UGUUUUUAAGCUGUAUAUUUUUUUUAUUAAAAUUUUUGAAAUACAUUCUUAAUCUAAAGGACAAUAUCAUUAAGCUAAAAUUUUAAUGAUACAAGCUUUUCUUGAAGACAAUUUUAAUAUGGGAAACGAUAAAAGCACUUUAAGGCAUUUAGAAAUUGACAAAAAAUGUGUUGAAACAAAUGAUUGUUGGACCCUUUUUAAUGCACAAACUGAUGAUAGACCAUUAUCUGUAUUCAUUGGUGAAAAUGUUGUCCAGGGUCAAUUAUGGAUAACACAAACUCCUAUUGAAAGAUCUAUCAAGAAUUUGAUGAUAUAUAGACAUCCAUUUAUUUUAAAAUACAUAGCCUCUUGGGAUCAACAUUUAGCUACGGAACGUGUUCAGCCGUUAGCAACAAUACUCCAAACUCAAACUGAUAUACAAAUAUGUCUAGGUUUACGCAAUAUCUUAUGUGCUUUGAUUUUUCUCGUUGAACAAGCAAAAGCUAGACAUCUUAAUAUAUCAAUACCAUCCAUUUAUGUUAGCUCUGAAGGAGAAUGGCGGCUCGGCGGAUUUGAACAUGUAUGGAAAUCGAAAGAUUUAACAAGAUCAAUAUUAGAAUUAGCUAAUUCACAUCGUUAUAAACCUUGUAUUGAUCCCAACGAAACAUCAAAAUUUUCACAACACCAACCAGCAGAUGGGUUAGAGCAGUACGCUUUUGCCACGUUGUGUGAAGAAAUUCUCAAAACAAAUAAAAAUUCAAACACACCGUAUGUUGUAGAGUUUCGAGAUUAUUGUGCAGCACAUUUAAAACAUCAAAAUGUAGCUCUAAGACCUAAGCUAUCCGCUGUAUUACUCCAUCCAUAUUUUAAUCACGAAUUUAUUUUGAUUCAUUCGUUUUUAACUGAAUUGCCUUUAAAAAGUCCACAAGAAAAACAAGAUUUCUUUACCAAUUUAAUUGAUAGAUUAAAAUAUUUUGAUGAAAAUGUGGUGGCUACACAAAUAGGAAAUUUAUUACUGUCAAGGAUGGUUUUAUUAGACAGUACUGCAGAAGACUGUGUUACACCUUUUGUUUUGAAACCAAAGUCAGAGAAUAACAUUUCAUCGCUUUAUUCAAGUGCAACUUAUAGUAAUCACAUUAUUCCACGUAUUAAGAAAAUAUUUUGUGUACGUGAUAGUCAAAUUCGUCUUAUUUUACUCGAUUAUUUUACUGAAUAUAUUCAAUUGAUGACAGAAGAAGAGUUAAGAAAUGAAAUAUUACCGAAUUUGCUUUUAGGUAUUAAAGAUACAAACGAUGUUUUAGUUGCAAAAACGUUAAGGUGUUUGGCUGAUUUAAUUCCUAUUUUAGGUGCAUCUGUUGUAAUUGGAGGAAAUCGAGGUAAAUUAUUUGCUGAUGGCCGUCCACAAGACAUUCGUACACCAACUACUGUUAAAAAACUCAAUAAAACAGAGCCACGUUCUAUCACACCCGUUUUAAAUUCCGCUGGAUUAGUUUCAGAUUUCCUAGAAAAUUCACUGCCUGAAUGUAAUGAAAGUUUUGUCUCUCCUUUACUAUUAGGUGAUGAUCCAAUUACAGUACAUGAUAGUGAAAUUUUAAAAAAUGCAUCUUUAGUAGACGACAACGAAGUUGCUACAGUUAUAUCAAAUCAAUUUAUGCCAGAGCGUUUAAGUCCAGAUGGUGGUGAAGAUGAAGAAAUUCAAGCUGCUGUCAAUCAUAAUGAGAAUAAUUCAUCUAUUCAAGAAGAUGGUGAUGAUUCGGCAUGGAGUGAUUGGGAUAACGAAAAUGAGAAUGAAACAGCGAAUUAUUUAAAUAGCGACAACAUUGAAAAUGAAAUUGAAAAAAUCGAAUCAGACAAUAAUUCGGCAAUACCAUUUACAGAAUUUUCCGAAAAUAAAAUCAAUUCAGCAGAUAUUGAAAAUAUUAAUAUACAAAGGACUAAAGCCCAGAUUGUUACUGAUGAUAUUAAUGAUUUAGAUAUUAAAAUUAAAAAGCUUUCAAAAAAAGAUCAAUCUGAUGAAUUUGAUUUUUUCAAAGAUAUGGAACCCGUUAUUAAAAGUAAUAUUAGUGUUGUAGAAGCAAAUGAAAUAGAUUUAAUUAAUAACCAGACCAACGAAAAAAAUCAAAACGAAAUUAUAGAAAUUAAACAUUUAACUGAUGUUGUUAUUGAUAAUAGUAGAUUUGAAUUAAAAUCUACGGAUGAUACUGUUGAAAGCGGUUGGGAUGAUGAUGAUGUGACAGUUAAUUGGAAUGAAUAACUUUUAAUGUAUUUUUGUUUCCUAAUAAUUUUGAUGUUUUUAAUUUCAAACUAAUUGAAAACAUGAAUUAUGUAUUUGAUAUUUUAUAAAUUUCUGAUUUUUAUUUUUAGUUCAUUUAUAAACUUUAUUUUUUUUUUAAAUAAAUUUAUUUAAAACGUAAUGUUAGAGCAAUAAGAGAAAUUGUAAAAGAAAGAAGUUCUUUUUUUUUUUUUGAAAACAAAAAAUGCAAAAUUUGUAAGAUUAAACAAUUUUACU